AAAAAUUAAAAAAAAAAUGUUCGCGCGGAGAAUUUCUGUUUAUAAUUUGUAAUGGAGGAGACUCACGAGGAUGGAUUUGAUAAUCAUACAUUCAGAAGAUGUCAGAAAGGAACUGAUAACGGGUCUUCAAACGGAGCUUCUGGUGAUGAACUGCUAACUGAAGAUCUGUGUGAUGGCCGGUCAGAAACAAGUACACCAACCGCUGACACCAUCUCUCGCUCAGACACCCCUACAACGGGUCCAGGAAGAGGUCGUUGGGGAAGGGGAAAGUUCAAGGUCAAACGUUGUAAACUACAGUAUAAAUUCCGCUGUAGCAUUAAAGAAGAUCAUGGACAACCCAUAUUUGGGAUUCAAUUCAACCACUGUCACAAACCGGGAGAUGCGCUGGUGUUUGCAACUGUCGGAAGCAACCGAGUUAGUAUCUAUGAGAUGCAGGAAGAUGGCGGGAUCAGCAUUAUACAGAGUUACAUUGAUGCAGAUUCCAUGGAAAACUUCUACACAUGUGCUUGGACAUAUGAGGAAUCAACUGGACUUCCACUUUUAGCUGUUGCUGGAUCAAGAGGCAUCAUCCGCAUAAUUAGCCCAAUUACCAUGCAAUGCGUUAAGCAUUAUGGUGCCCAUGGAAAUGCUAUAAAUGAACUGAAAUUCCAUCCACAAGAUUGUAACUUGCUGCUGUCAGUCAGUAAAGAUCAAUCAAUUCGACUGUGGAACUUGAAAACAGAUUCAGUGGUGCUGGUGCUAGGAGGUGUCGAAGGUCACCGGGAUGAAGUUCUCAGUGCAGAUUUUGAUAUUGAUGGAGAACGAGUGGUAUCCUGUGGUAUGGAUCACUCGUUGAAGAUAUGGUGCUUGAAUACAGACAAAGUACAGGAGUCAAUAAAACAGUCAUAUACCUACAAUCAAGCAAAAACAGACCAUCCAUUUAAAACAUUGUAUGUUCACAUACCUGAUUUUACAACUCGUGAUAUUCAUCGAAAUUAUGUGGAUUGCGUCCGGUGGCUUGGAAAUUUUGUUCUUUCAAAGUCGUGUGAAAAUUGUAUUGUGUGUUGGAAACCUGGCACAAUUGAUGAUAACAUUAACCAGAUAAAGACCAAUAGUAAACAAGUUACGGUGCUACAUAAGCUUGAGUAUACCAACUGUGAUAUCUGGUUUAUGAGAUUCAGUAUGGACUUCUCUCAAAAGAUAUUGGCGCAAGGGAAUCAGAUUGGUAAGACGUACGUUUGGGACUUGGAUGUUGAUGACCCAUCACAAGCAAAGUUUAUUAAAUUGGGUCAUCCUGACUGUAAUUCUGCAAUUAGACAGACAUCUUUGUCGAGGGAUGGCAGUGUCUUGGUGUAUGCCUGUGACGAUGGCACUGUAUGGAGAUGGGACAGAAUUAAAUGAAUUGAGAGAUGAAUUCCUGUUGUAUCAAGAUAGGAAAGGAUCAACUGAUAAUGCUUAGAACUGAACUAAUAAAUGUAUGUCUGCAAUGAUGCAAACACAGCAGCCAAGCACAGUGAAUGUAAAACCAGUUUUCAACUAGGCAAAUUUAUUUGCGCGAAUCAAAAGCGUUAGUUUACUUCCUGAGCACUGAUUGGCUGCGCAAUUUUUUUUGCCUCGCAAAAAGCAGAAACAGUUUGAACUACCGAUUUCACUGAAGUGCAAACUCUGAUAGAAAUGUGCAUGCGCAUGAACAAUGCUUUCGAUUCAUGCAAAUUAAUUUGCUAUUGGAAAACCGACUUAGCAGUCAUAAAAUAUUACUUCUCGGAAGAAAAAAAACUAUUGCAAUUUGACCUGGAAGAAAAUAAAGCAUAUCUACUGACCUGACAUUUUAGCACUAAGUCUUCAAAGUAACAACAGAACUAUGUCAACUUUUUAUAACUGACUAUUUUUAUCCUGCCAUGGAUAUUGAUGCUCUUUGGGUGUGUCGCGGGAGUCAGAGGUCCCAGAUGUUACUGUUGUGUAAUAAUAAAUAUGAACAGUACAGUAAACUUCCAGUGUAGUGCCUUAUUUUAUUUCAGUUAUACUGUAGAGGUAAAUAGUUUUCAUCAUAUCAUAUAUGUCUUGUUAUGAAAUUGAUUUUUGGUGGUAUGUCAGCCAUCUUGUAAUUCAAAAUGACUGACCUUUCUUACAGGAAGUAGUUCACAUAACCAAACUGUUUUUCACUACACACAUAACUAGAUAUUUUUUUCAUACCACUGAAAUAAAAGGAACCUAACGUUUAUGAA